UUUUCGUUUUUAUUUUUUAUUUUUGGUUUUGUAAGACAGGGUUUCUCUACACAGCCCCUGGCUGUCAUGGAACUAUGUAAAACAGGUUGAUCUAACUCGUAUCUACCUACCAUUGCCUACCCAGUGGCGGGAUUAAAGACAUGUGCCACAACACCUGGCUUGUAAGGAUUUUUAAAGCUGGUUUUAGGGGUUGAUCCAUCUCAUUGGUCUUUUUUUGAGACAAGGUCUUAUGUAGCCCAGGCUGGUCUUGAAAUUGCCCUAGGGCCUAGACUACCUUGAACUCCUGACCCUCCCACCUCUACUUCCUGAGUGAUGGGUUCAUAGGCAUGAUCUUUCCAGGCUUUUGAAACUGUAUCAACAAAACUGGCUUUUUGAAAUAUCUAUUUAAUUUUGUGUGUGUGUGGACUGCAGAAGCCAGAAGAGGGCAUCAGAUCCCCGGGAGUUGGAGGCACAGGUAUUUGUGAGCAACCAGACCUGGGUGCUGGGAACCAAACUCAGAUCCUUUAGAAAAGCAGUCAUUUCUUCUGCCCCGUCUCAGUGGCUGAUAGUGUAAUUCAGUGAGUGUUUCUCCCAGGAGCAUGAGAGCCCUAGGUUUGAUCCCCAGCAUCUGGAGGGGAGGGGGAUCAUAGUUAUAGAACAUUAAACCAACCACAGGGCCUUAGCACAUAGCUCAUUUUUUGCUAGGUUUUCCCAAGGGAACCACUUCCAUGUUUCCUUUGCAGAAACCAGAGCCUGGAUUAGAAACGGGGAUGCCUAAACCAGUCACUCGGCUUUCCACACUGUAUGGCCUGUUCGUGGUCAUCAAACAAAUACAGUCUAAUGGGCUGUUGGUAAAUUCCUCCUGAGAAAGAUGCAUACAAUGGUUACCCUUACUCCAAUGUCCCAACAGCACCCCAAGGCAGAGCUCCACCAAAGAUCUCUCUCCACCUCAGGGUGGGUGGCAGCAAUGCAUUUAUUAGGCAUACAUAUGGAAGAAUGGGUCAAGUUACCAAGAAAUGAUGGCUCCCCCAACGGCUGCACAGGUAGAACCGCCUUCCUCCUCCUUGGCACCUACAUCCUCCAGCCCCCCCCCCCCCCCCAAGACUUCACACAUGAGGGCAGAGUGGCUGGCGGAAUACUCAGGUGAGAGCCCAGGCCCCUCCCCCCGACCUGUGUCCAUGAGGGGAGGGGUUAACAGACCCAGCUGCCACCUUUCUCGAAGUGGUGGAGGCACACUCCUGAAGAUAGUGCAGUCUGGUUAAGAACAGUGCUGCAGAGCAGAGAAAGUAAGCUCAGCACACUCUGAGACCACAGCAGAGGGAGGAUGAACUGGGGGGUGGGGAAUUCAGGGAGGCUACCUGGUGCUUAGCCACAUGUGGGAGAAGAAAUUAGAGACAGCACUCGGGAUACACAGGAGGGGGCAGGGGGCAGAUAGACACACAGACACAGGUUGCUAUAUAGCUCAAGCUGGCCUCAAAAUGGCUAAAUGUGGGCUGGAGAGAUGGCUCAGCCGUUAAGAGCACUAGCUGUUCUUACAGAGGUCCUGAGUUCAAUUCCCAGCACCCACAGGGUGGCUCACAACCAUCUAUGAGAUCUGGUGCCCUCUUUUGGCAUGCAGGCACACAUGCAGACAGAACACUGUACACACAAUAAAUAAAUCUUUAAAAAAGGCUAAACGUGCGGGCAGCACAGCUGUAAAGGGGAGACCGCUACAAAAGCAGAAGAGUGUCUACUUGUCCAGCCCACUGUCCUCGUGUACCUUACACGACUGCUUCCGUACACACGCUCACUUCUUCAGAUGCCAUUUCCGUUAUCCAGCUUUCUCCUCAUGCAGCUUUCCCAGUAUCUGGACCCACAGGUAAGGACCACCAUGCCCGGCUCUCAUGUGCUACUCUGGAUUUGCUUGGGUGUUUCACUACAUAGUGGUCACGAUGGAGACCAGGCAGACCUAUGACAGAGUCCCCAUUUCAGCUUUUCCAGUGCUAGGUAUGUUGGGGUUUCAGGUGUGCACACUCUUGACUCCAUCUGCUUCUCAUCUGAGACAGGUCUCACUAUGUACCUCGAGCGGCACUGCAAGCCCAGGUGGAUCAGAGGCGGGAUUAAAGGAGCCCACCACCAUCACGACUACUUUUUUAAAGUACUGGGACUGACUCAGGGACUAGGGAAACACCAUUAUCAAGCUAGACACCCUUAACCAACCCCUUUUUAAAACUUUCCUUUUUGAGGCAGGAUUUUACUCUUGUAGCCCUGUUAACUUCAAACUAACGGUGACCCUUCUGUCUCCGCCUCCUAAAUGCUGGGAUUACAGGUAUGAGCCAAAAGGCCCAGCUGCUACCACUUUUGCUUAGAUAAGGUCUCAUGUAAUGCAGACAACUUUGAACUUGCAAUGUUGCCAAAGAUGAUUCCUGAUCCUCUUGCCUCCACCUCCCCAAGUGCUAGCAGAGCACACAACCACUCCUUAAAAUAAAAAAAAAGUGAUUGGCCAGGCAUGGUGACGGGGGCCUUAAUGCCAGCAUUCAGGAGGCUAUCCUGGUCUACAUAGUGAGACCCUGGCUGAAAGGGAAAAAAAAGUUGGCUGGACAUGGCAGUACAUCCCUUUAAUCCCAGCACUUAGGAAGCAUUAGCAGGCAGAUCUCUGAGUUCCUGGCCAGCAAGGGUUAACAGAGUAAGACUGUUUAACAGGGGGGAAAAAAAAAAGAAAGAAAAAGACAUGCGAAGACCCCCCAACUCUUGCUAGCCCUCGAAGCUACAGGAACAAGCGUCAUCUGAGAACUGACCAGCUAGGGUAUCUGCGGCACCAGUCCAGCAGCAGGUGGCAAGCUUGUCCUCCUUCCAAGCUACCUUAACUGGGUGACAGCUUCCUUAGCGGGCCACAAGUGGGUGGAGCUAGUAGCCUAAUUCCGGCAGGAGCUGGUGAAGGUCCCGAGCUCUCGUGUCUCCUGCUAAGCUUAACUGUGUAGCCUUCACAACUUUCCAGCCGCCCAAAGCCAGCUUCUCCACACCGCAACACUCCUCCGACUGGGGGAUUAUUCAAGAGCAACUUGUGAACAGGUUGCUAACGGGAGAGAGAGGGUUCGUUUUUGCACGCCAUCUGGCCUCUGGGCAAAAGAGAGAAAACAUUCCAGGGCCCUUAGGGACAGAGGCCCCGAGAGGACGAGAUCGGAUGGAAGCAGAAGAGCCCUGAGGAGGCUAGGACCCAGGUGCCCAUAGGCCUACGUCACCAUUCCGCCUCUGCGUCGGCACCUGAGCCAGAGCCCCUAGAAGAUUCCAAACAAGUCUCGUGUCCCCCUAAGUGUCUCAGAAGAUCCUCCAGCCCUGCGAGUGUGUUCGGCAGGGAAACUGAGGCAGGGCGUGCGUGUGGAUUCAUUCCUUCCCGCCUACAUCGCAAGACAAGCAAAGCUGCUUUUCCCCGCUCCCUAGGACCACACGAGACCACAGGGAAGGGCGGGAAGAUGGGGAGGGGGUCGAAAGCGAUCAAGGGUCUGGGGAAGCAGCCAACAUUGCCACACUCAAGAUGGCGGCGCGGCCGUGGCGAGGUCCCUCAGAGGCGGUACCAACGCAUGCGCAGCGCGGAGUCCCGGCCCGGGACACAAGAUGGCGGCAGCGGCGCUGGGGAGGGCGAGGCGGAGGCGGCAAAACGGGCGGUCGAGCAGAACGUGUGGCCGCAUCCCCUCGAGUCCGUUUCGGGCAGCUGCUGAUGCACGGAGUCCCCUGGGUCCCUGUCAACUACACUGCUGACCAGCCCACCCACCUGUGCUGCACCUUCCUGUGGGUCUCCCUCCCGCUUCUGUGGGACCCCGUGAAGUGGGUUCAAUCCAACCAGAGAAGAAAACCCUCUCAUGCUAGUGUUGCAGACCCCAGAGGGUCCCGAGUGGCUGCUGAGAUGGCCAAUGAGAAUCACGGCAGCCCCCGGGAGGAAGCAUCCCUUCUAAGUCACUCUCCAGGCACCUCCAAUCAGAGCCAGCCCUGUUCUCCAAAGCCAGUUCGCCUAGUACAGGACCUCCCAGAGGAGCUGGUACAUGCAGGCUGGGAGAAGUGCUGGAGCCGGAGGGAGAGCCGUCCUUACUACUUCAACCGAUUCACCAACCAGUCCCUGUGGGAGAUGCCCGUGCUGGGCCAGCACGAUGUGCUUUCGGACCCUUUGGGGCUGAAUGCAACCCCACUGCCCCAAGACUCAAGCUUGGAAACUCCUCCUGUGGAGAACAAGCCCAGGAAGCGGCAGCUCUCGGAAGAGCAGCCAAGUGGCAACGGUGUGAAGAAGCCCAAGAUAGAAAUACCUGUGACACCCACAAGCCAGUCGGUGCCCAGUUCCCCCAGCAUCCCAGGAACCCCAACACUAAAGAUUUGGGGUGCAUCUGCUGAAGAUAAGCAAGCAGCUCUACUCCGACCCACUGAGGUGUACUGGGACCUGGACAUCCAGACCAAUGCUGUCAUCAAGCACAGGGCUCCUUCAGAGGUCCUGCCCCCACACCCUGAGGUCGAGCUGCUCCGCUCGCAGCUCAUCCUGAAGCUCCGCCAGCACUACCGGGAGCUGUGCCAGCAGCGGGAGGGCAUUGAGCCACCCCGAGAGUCUUUCAACCGCUGGAUGCUGGAGCGCAAAGUAGUAGACAAAGGAUCUGACCCCCUGCUGCCAAGCAACUGUGAACCAGUUGUGUCACCGUCCAUGUUCCGUGAAAUCAUGAAUGACAUUCCCAUCAGGUUAUCCCGAAUCAAGUUCCGGGAGGAAGCCAAACGCCUGCUCUUUAAAUACGCAGAGGCUGCCAGGCGGCUCAUUGAGUCCAGGAGUGCAUCCCCUGACAGCAGAAAAGUGGUCAAGUGGAACGUGGAAGACACCUUCAGCUGGCUUCGGAAGGACCACUCAGCCUCCAAGGAGGACUACAUGGACCGCCUGGAGCACCUGCGGAGGCAGUGUGGGCCCCAUGUCUCCGCUGCAGCCAAGGACUCUGUGGAAGGCAUCUGCAGCAAGAUCUACCACAUCUCCCUGGAGUAUGUUAAACGGAUCCGAGAGAAGCACCUCGCCAUCCUCAAGGAAAACAACAUCCCAGAUGAGGUGGAGGCCUCAGAGCUGGAGCCCCGCCUGGUGUACUGCUACCCAGUUCGUCUGGCUGUGUCGGCACCCCCCAUGCCUAGUGUGGAGAUGCACAUGGAGAAUAGUGUGGUCUGCAUCCGGUAUAAGGGAGAGAUGGUCAAGGUCAGCCGCAGCUACUUCAGCAAACUGUGGCUCCUUUACCGCUAUAGCUGUGUCGAUGACUCAGCCUUUGAGAGGUUCCUGCCUCGAGUCUGGUGUCUUCUCCGUCGAUACCAGAUGAUGUUUGGCGUGGGCCUCUACGAGGGGACUGGCCUGCAGGGGUCACUGCCUGUGCAUGUCUUCGAGGCCCUGCACCGACUCUUCGGCGUCAGUUUCGAGUGCUUCGCCUCCCCUCUCAACUGCUACUUCCGCCAGUACUGUUCUGCCUUCCCUGACACAGAUGGCUACUUUGGCUCCCGCGGGCCCUGCCUGGACUUCGCCCCGCUGAGUGGUUCCUUUGAGGCCAACCCUCCGUUCUGCGAGGAGCUCAUGGAUGCUAUGGUCUCUCACUUUGAGAAACUGCUGGAGAGCUCACCAGAGCCCCUGUCCUUCAUUGUGUUCAUCCCCGAGUGGCGGGAGCCCCCCACGCCAGCGCUCACCCGAAUGGAGCAGAGCCGCUUCAAACGCCACCAGCUGGUCUUGCCUGCCUUUGAGCACGAGUACCGCAGUGGCUCCCAGCACAUCUGCAAGAAGGAGGAAAUGCACUACAAGGCCGUCCACAACACAGCCGUGCUCUUCUUGCAGAAUGACCCCGGCUUUGCCAAGUGGGGGCCAACACCGGAGCGGCUGCAGGAGCUCACCACUGCCUACAAGCAGUCGGGCCGCAGCCACGGCUCCAGCUCCUCAUCCUCCUCCUCAGAGGCCAAGGACCGGGACUCAGGCCGGGAGCAGGGUCCUAGUCGAGAGCCUCACCCCACUUAACACAUCCUGCGGGGAGGAGGAGCCCUAGGGGUGCUGUUCCAGACCUGCUGGGACUCGGUCCUCAGGGCCCUCCCCUGGGGUGGCAGCAGGACUUGAGCUGCCAGGGACAUAGGAAUAUUAUGACUCUGCCAGGGCUCCCCCUCCCUGCUCUCACCCCUCAGAUGCACCAAGUCCCUUGUGAAUAGGCCCAUGCCUUCCCAGCCCCACACUGACUCUGUUGCUGCCUUGUUUCAUUUGUAAAAGGAAAUACAGAAACUCCCCCAAGAGUGUGUGAAGGUC